ACCAGCUGCAGACCCCGUUAUUCCAUGCCCUUAUCUUCUUUGAUUUCAUUGUCUUUGCUCAUUGAAUCCUCUAUGGCUCUUUCUCUUCAAUACCUUUUGAUCCUUUUCGCAGCUUUGCUUCUCACACAAAGUCUGGCAGAGGCAGCAACAUGCAGCAACUGUUUCACCCAUUCACGAGCAGCCUACUAUCCAAACUCUGAUGAACAUGGAACAGAUGUAGGUGCAUGCGGUUUUGGCUCCUUUGGAGCAACAAUAAAUGGUGGAGAUGUAUCCACAGCAUCUGAACUCUACCGUAAUGGUGUUGGUUGUGGUGCUUGCUACCAGGUGAGGUGCACCAACAGCAACUAUUGCUCAGAUGACGGUGUGACAGUGGUUAUAACUGAUCAAGGCUCAGGUCCCAAUACCGACUUUAUCCUGAGCAGACGAGCCUUUGGUAGGAUGGCUCAGACCACAGAUGCAGCUGCAUCUCUAUUAGCCCAAGGAGUUGUUGACAUUGAAUAUAGGCGUGUUUCAUGCAGCUACCCCAACAAAAAUAUCACUAUCAAGAUUGAUGAGAACAGCAAUUACCCUCAUUAUUUGGCAUUUGUUCUUUGGUAUCAACAAGGUGACAAGGAUAUCACAGCAGUGCAGCUAUGUGAGACUAAAAACUUUGUGUGCAAGCUAUUGGAUAGGAGUUACGGAGCAGUAUGGACAACCACUUCACCCCCAACCGGUCCAUUGUCUUUAAGGAUGCUAUUGAGUGGAGAGGAUGGAGAUGAGUCAUGGUUUGUUCCUAUUACUAACAUACCAGAAAAUUGGAAAGGUGGAGAAACAUAUGACACAGGAGUUCAAAUUAAUAUCUAGAAAUAUGCACCAGAGUCAUUCAUUUCUUUGUUUUAGCAAUACCAAUAAAAGAAUUAAGUCCCUAGCUUUCUUAAAAGAUGUGUUCUUUCAUUAUGUUUAAUUGGUUAGCAUAUAUUUUAUUAUUUUUGUGUCAAGGAAGGGAUGACACACUUUACUAAGAGAUAUUCUUAUGUUUUCUUUGUAAUAUUGACUAAUGAAAUUUUAUGUUUCUU